CUAAAACGCGCGGCCGUGGGUUCGGGGUUUAUUGAUUGAAUUCCGCCGGCGCGGGAGCCUCUGCAGAGAGAGCGCGAGAGAUGGAAAUGGACAAACGGAUUCAUUUAGAGCUGCGGAACAGGACGCCCUCUGAUGUGAAAGAGCUUGUCCUGGACAACUGUCGGUCUAAUGAAGGCAAAAUCGAAGGCCUCACAGAUGAAUUUGAAGAACUGGAGUUCUUAAGUACAAUCAAUGUAGGCCUCACCUCAGUCGCAAAUUUACCAAAGUUAAACAAACUUAAGAAGCUUGAACUAAGCGAUAACAGAAUCUCAGGGGGCCUGGAAGUAUUGGCAGAAAAGUGUCCGAACCUCACGCAUCUAAAUUUAAGUGGCAACAAAAUUAAAGACCUCAGCACAAUAGAGCCACUGAAGAAGUUAGAAAACCUCAAGAGCUUAGACCUUUUCAAUUGUGAGGUAACCAACCUGAACGACUACCGAGAAAACGUGUUCAAGCUCCUCCCACAACUUACAUAUCUCGAUGGCUACGACCGGGACGACAAGGAGGCCCCGGACUCAGACGCCGAGGGCUAUGUAGAGGGCCUGGACGACGAUGAGGAUGAGGAGGAUGAGGAAGAGUAUGAUGAGGAUGCUCAGGCAGUGGAAGACGAGGAGGAUGAGGAAGAGGAAGAAGAAGGUGAAGAGGAGGAUGUGAGUGGAGAGGAAGAAGAGGAUGAAGAAGGGUAUAACGACGGGGAAGUAGACGAUGAGGAAGAUGAAGAAGAUCUCGGUGAAGAAGAAAGGGGUCAGAAGCGAAAACGAGAACCCGAAGAUGAGGGAGAAGAUGAUGACUAAGUGGAUAACCUAUUUUGAAAAAUUCCUAUUGUGAUUUGACUGUUUUUACCCGUAUCCCCCCCCCAAAAUCCCGCCCCCCGAAACUUAUUUUUUUCUGAUUGUAACGUUGCUGUGGGAACGAGAGGGGAAAAGUGUACUGGGGGUUGUG